GCAUUUUAAAGGGGGAGGAGUAGUUAGAAUGUUUUAUGUAAUUUUAUUGGUUGAUUAUAAUUAUAUAGGGAUUUUUUUGUAUUGAAAUUUUAAUUAAAAAAAAAGCAUUGAAUCUCAAUUUAAAUAACAAAAUACAUUAGCAUAAAACAAAUGACAGAUAAUAAUACUAAAAAGGUAUAUAUAUAAAUUAAUAAUUUGUUUAGGAAGCACCACCCAAAAGACCAUAAUGUGCAUUCUUUAUUUACAAAUAGGAGGUGUACUAAUAAGUAAAGGAUGCCAAUCCUGGCAAGAAAAUGACCGAUAUAACUAAAAUCAUUUCUGAAUAGUAUAAACAACUACCAAAGGAUAAAAUUGAUUAAUAUGAAUAGAAGUAUAAGGAUAGUAAGGCUAUCUUUGAAAAAGAAAAGAAGUUCUCAAAUCUUUAUAUUUUUUAGAACUUAUGAGGAUAAAUAUGGAAAGAUUAAGAAUGAAAGAAAGAAGAAGAAGGGUGGUGACACUUAGGCAACCAAAAAAACCUAAAAUAAAAAAUAGAAGAAAUAAGAAUCUGAAGAUGAUGAAAGUAGUGAAGAUGAUGAUUGA